AUGGGCAGCGCAGCUUCCACUCCUUUUAAUACCAGCCUUGCUGGCACAGCAUGCGGUAUCGAAGAGCACCGGCAUGGGCCGUGCCGAACCUCAGAAAUUCUACCAGAAGGAAUUCAGCUGAGCCAAGGCGCAGUGCUCGUCGAACUGGAAAACGCUUCUGCUCCCCUGACUUGCGGGCUACAGUCAAGCAGGCAGCUUGAGUUCAUGACCUGCAGACGAGCAGCUUUGCGCCAAGCAAAAGGAAGUACUGAAGCCUUGCAUAAGAAGCUUCGCAGCGAGAUGGCAUGCUACUUCGCCGGACAGCCACUUGUGACUUCUGUUUCUGAGACGGCCGAGUUCUCUUUCUAA